GCCCUUCCGGACACAGGCGCACAGCCUUCGCUCCGGAGAUGGGUGGCUGUCGGGUUUUGGGUCAGGCCUGGGGUGGCUGGCGGCGGGGUCUGGGGAUCCGUGCAACGCCCACAGCCGCAGGCUUUGGCACCAAGGCCCGGCAUCAGCUGCAACGUCGAGGCGCCAGCAAACCGUCGGAUCCCCCGGGUGACCAGCCUUUCCCAGGACUGCUGAGACCGGAGACCUUCAGUCGGGAAGAACUGGUCGAUGUAUUGAGGGCGGCUGUGGUGGACCGUAAAGGACCUCUGGUAACAUUGAACAAGCCACACGGUCUGCCAGUGACAGGAAAACCAGGAGAGCUGACAUUGCUGUCAGUGCUGCCAGAACUAAGCUGGUCCCUGGGGCUCGGGGAGCAGGAGCUCCAGGUUGUCCGAGCAUCUGGGAAGGAGGCCUCUGGGCUUGUGCUCCUCUCCAGUUGUCCCCGGACAGCAAGCCGCCUCCAGAAGUUCUUCACUCACUCACAGAGAGCCAGGAGACCCACAGCCACCUACUGUGCUGUCACUGAUGGGAUCCCAGUUACUUCUGAAGGGAAGAUCCAAGCAGCUCUGAAACUGGAACACAUUGAUGGGGUCCAUCUCGUUGUUCCAGUGCACUCCCCAUCCCGAAAGGACAUCAUGGAAGGUGUCAAGAAGACCCUUAGCCACUUCCGUGUGGUUGCCACGGGCUCUGGCUGUGCCCUGGUCCAGCUGCAGCCACUGACAGUGUUUCCCAGCCAGCUGCAGGCACACAUGGCCCUGCAGCUCUGCCCUGUGCUUGGGGAUCACACAUACUCUGCCCGCGUGGGCAGUGUCCUGGGCCAGCGCUUUCUUCUGCCAGUCGAGAGCACCAAGCCCCAAAGACAGGUCCUGGAUGAAGCCCUCCUCGGCCGCCUCUGCCUGACCCCCUCCCAGGCCGCCCGGUUGCCCCUGCACCUCCAUCUGCACUGUCUUCACCUCCCAGGCGCCAGGCCCAGGGACCCACCCACUGAGCUUCUGGCUCCUCUGCCCUCUUACUUCUCCAGGACCCUGCAGUGCCUGGGGCUCCACUACCAGUAGUCCUGCUGGAAAGCAGCUGGGGUGGGAGGCGAAUGGGCUGCGGUCAGGCCCAAGAGUGUGGUCAGUGCUCAGCAUACAGUCAGACCACGUGUCAGAUGCUGGGCGCUCUAGUGGGAUAGACCUGAGAUUGCAUCCUAAGGCCAUUUGCUGUGUGGUGUUGGGCAAAUGACCUCACCUCUCUGGGCUUGAAAUAAUAAAAGUACCUACCUCAUA